AUGUUCCGCCACGACAGCGUCAACAAGGGAGAGCAGGAUCUCGCGGUAAACGACACCCAGAAGGGCAGCGAUGGAGGACGCUUCGCGUACAUAACCCUCGUCACGCGUGCUUCUUACCUAGCUGGUGUCGUUUUGCUCGCGCAUACGCUCAAGAAGCAGGGCUCUCAGUACGCACUGAUUGUCCUCUACACUUCAACACUGACCAAGACAGCAGUCCGCGCCCUCGAGAUCGAGGCCGGCAAGUCUAACAUCAUCCUGCAGCAAUGCGAUUUGCUCGUGCCACCAGCUCACCAUGAGCUCCAUGUGGCCGUCGAGCGCUUCACCGACACGUGGACCAAGCUUCGCGUGUUCGACUCCUUCCGAUUCGGCUACGACACGAUAUGCUACCUUGACGCCGACAUGACUCUCCUGCAGAACAUGGACUCGAUCUUCGACUCUGCCGACAAGCUGCCCAAGGAUUGGAUUGCGGCUGUUCACGACUGCGUCUGCAGCCCGGAUAGGAUGCCCUGGACUCCAGCCGAGCACUGCAAGGAGAACUGCCCAUUCACUCUGCAGAGUCGUCCCGAGGCCUCAAACGGCUCCGUGCCCGUCAACAAGGACAGCCGUCCCACUCAUCAUCUCUUCAACAGUGGCAUGUUCCUCUUCCAUCCAUCGCAACAGCUCUGGAUCGACAUGCUCAACUUCUUCAAUGCCACGGACCUUCUCGGCACCUUCAAGUUUCCAGAUCAGGAGUUCAUGACCCACUUCUUCCAUGGCCGCUGGAUGCCCGUCAGCUGGAAGUACAAUGCAGUGAAGACGAUGGCAUACCGCCACGAGAACAUCUGGCGCGACAACGAGAUCGUCUGCCUGCACUACAUUGUCGACAAACCCUGGGCCAAGCGCGUCGGCGAAGAUGGCAUCGCCGGAUUCAAGGGAUUCGACGGCAAGACGCAUACUUGGUGGUGGAACGAGUACGAGUCCUGGGUAAGAGAACUUUUCUGCUGCUAAUAUGGUCUUGGCUGAUCCGCUUGUCAUCUACAGUUCGAGAUUCGUCAGAAGCAAGGAGAGAUGGAAGUCAUGACCAUCAUGAGCAAGCACGUCGCCCGCCGCGAGAGCGAGCUCAGCGACGGCGGACGCCCGGACAUGGGCGCCAUCGGUGCGAAGAUCCAUGAUGUGACAAACAAGCCAGACCGUGGCGAAGCAUCUUCGAAGGUAAGCGAGUGUCACGACAGUGAUCAGAGCACCGAGCAGCAGCACCAGAAGCAGCACCAGCAGUAGCGCGAGCACCAGCACCAGCAGCAGCACCAGCACCAGCACCAGCACGAGCAGCAGCAACAGCACCAGCACAAGCAGCAGCAGCAGCAGCCGGGAGGAGCAGGAGGAGGUGGUGUUGCAAUUCGAAGGCGAUGAGUUGCUGGAGGUACCCUUUUGAUGAAAAUUAGCGCGGAGUCUGGCGUUUUUCUGGACAAUGUUCAGAACGGCGCUUCAUAUUGGUUUAGAGCGCGGCAUGUUCUCGCGCACGAUACGCUUCAUGCGCAAGUUUGAUGGAACAUCAGGCGGGUGAUGUACCUGCGAGACUUUACGGAUGACUUUGGAGAGCUUUCCAGACAGAUGUACGAUAAUGCGGAGCGUGAGUCGGUCUGA